AUGAAGCAGUCUGUUGAUCAACCCUCUUUGGAGAGCAGUGACCGCUCUUUGGACGAAGUGCAGAAACAAGCAAGCGAUCAAUUGGAGCGUGAGCUGCGCGAAAGCCGAACGAAUGUGCAUGAUCAAAGUUUGUGCCGUCAGCAGACCAUCUCACUCAGUAUUUCUCCGAAUUACGUGAAGCAGUGGAAUACGACUGCCGCAUUUCGGGAAUUGUAUCAGAACUGGAAAGAUGCGAUCCUGGAAAGGUUUCAGCUCGAGCGUCGGGAUUUCCAGCCGUGUUACGAAAACAAACGUGACUGCAUAUCCAUCAUUGUACCGGAACCUUCCGGGCCGCAUGGACGCGGCCAAGCUUUGGGGUUUAUUAAGUAUGAGAAGAAAGCAGGACGUGUGAUUCUGGCGAAUUCCUGCGCUUCGCUUCGGCCUGACGAUCUUCAGCUUGGACAAACGUCUAAGGAGGGGAGCCACUAUCUUGCCGGAUGCCGUGGAGAAGGACUCAAGUUAGCUGCCGUGGUGAUGUCUCGGAACGGCUAUAAAACGCACAUGGCCGCGGGUGGCUGCGACUGGAGCUUCCGAACACCGGGGCCCACGCGGUCCCAAUUUUCUUGUGUGAUUCGCCCAUCUAGAAACGCUACCUCCAGCCUCCACACGGGCCCAACCAGCGACAUGGCGCAAUUACGCUCGCAUGUCGAGAGGGACGUCACGAUCACCAUUGGUCCAGAACGCAACAGGAAGCGGGACAAAAUCUCCUUGGAGCUGUUCAAGAAGUGGCUGGGGGCGACUCUUGAUAUUCGCGGGUUCUCUUACCCUUCACACAUCAUUGAAACUGAAGCGGGAGACAUCAUUCUCGACGCAUCUUUCCACGGUAAAGUGUUCUAUAAAGGAAUACUUCUGUCAGGAUCGGUCUCCGAGGCCGAGUCCUUUAAGCUUGGAUAUAAUUUCCUAGCCGGUACGGUUAAUCGCGACCGGCAGAGAUUGGUCGACAAGCAGGAAGAAGCCAAUAUCGUCCGGCGGAUAUGGGAGGCGGCCAUCGGUCAGCACGAAGAGUCUAUGCUGCCCAUCUAUGUCAAUCUGCUUCGGAAUUCCCCUCGUGCACUAGACGUGGCAUUGGCCGAACGUCUCCUGGAAGCUCCCACGAGGUCUCUGAUCUGGAAAUAUCUCCUGCAAGAGGCAAAUGGAGAGCGGUUCUACUACAACGAAGCGUCUCAUGCUAGGGAUGUGGAAAUAAUCCGCCAUGUUUUGAGAAAGGAGCCUGUCAAACUUCCGAAAUCAUUGUGGGACUUACUCCGACCAAGCUCUGCAAUCAGAACAGCAGAGGAAGAGCAGAUCAGCACGUUUCAAAAUGCCCCGGGCUGUUCAACUCCCAAUUCCACUUUCUCAAGGACAGUCCAAAGGGUCCUGAAAGCAUGCAUGGCUCUAUCCGAUUGCACGAAGCAUAUCGAGGUUUUCUUUGUCCAUGUUAAUGACAGCGCCAUCGACACCUUUUUCGACCUCGAGCAUCAAAUACUCAAGGUCCACCACAGAUGGUUGGAUUUUGAUGCCAUGCACCGCAAAUACCCUUGUCGGGAUCUAUUGCCGAGCAACCUGGCCGGGGCCGACGCGCCAUUCUUCUGCGAUCACAUCAUUGAGGAGCUCUUGCGAAAGGCGCUCCCUGCAAUCUUCCGGACUGCUCCCAUGUCAAGGACUACUGAAAAUGGAAUCUUGCGACAGAUCAGACACCGUCUGAGGCAUAUGCCCCAUAGCAUCAUGUCGAAACCAAUGCCUCAGAACCAGGGGUGGAUGGUUACUUGGGAAGACAACGAGACAGAGUCGUUUCGGAAAUCGUGUCGGUCCCGAGUGGCAUACCAUGUCGUGCUGCAUGAAGAGCGAUGUGCCAGUGUACAGUCCGAAUUACUGCAUGGGGAUGCGGUUACGUGUGCGGAAGGGCGUGCUUCAUGCGGUUGUCCAGCGCAGUUAACUUCGCAGUGCAAGAAAGGGGUGGUGUUUGCCGACUUGGACUGCUCGAAAAAGUACUUUCCCAUGAUUGCCUUGAACCAGAGAUCGGCGUUCUAUGGGUAUCCGCCAGAAGCGACGUUUCCCAGCGGAUGGGUUGAAGCCCGGGAUCUCGCGGAUGCAGUGUCCAUUCGCAAGCAACAGGAUGCACGUAUGCAGUCUUUCCCGUCUUGGAUAGAGUCUGGACCUCCAAGCCCAGCGGCAUCUCCGCAUCAGCCGCAGCAAUUGCUUCCCCGUGUUCAGCAAGCACAAAGCUCGGAUAUGGCGCGGGAACUCUUCAUUCGACAAACCAAGCGACAGAAGAAAAAUUGAAGAGC